ACCAACCUGUUGGUUUUAACAUGUUCCUUUCCUUCUCUCUCUGUGUCUCAGAGGUCCAUCCAUCACAUAGAAGAAAGGACAGUCGUCCCCUCCUGCAACUCGUCCUUGUCUUCUCUCUUGAAUCUUGAACCAGCAGUGCCCCCUUCAGGCGAAAAGAGCAGCUGCCACAGCUCUGACGAGAGCGGUGAGGAGGAGAGUGUGAUGGAGACGCUGCGGGGGGGCAGAGGAGGAGGGUGGUAUCAAGUGAGAGGAGGCUCUAACCCCCUCUCUUCCUCCUCUUCAUCCUCUGGGUCUGCUCCUUUAUCCCCACAGCCCCUGCCAGGGCUAACAGUCUGCUAUAACCCCUCCCUUCCAGCAGAGACAUGUACCAGUGCUGCAAUACAACCUGCCCCCCCCAGCCCCACAGACACACACUGCUCCACCAUAGGGACGAAGGUGGAGGGAGGGGGGGGCAGCCAGGAAGUGAACCUCCUCACAUUGACUUUCGGCAGCCACGGGGAGGGGGAGGAAGAGAAAUCACAUUUUGACACGGUAGAAGUGGAGCCAGAGGUGGAGGCACAAGCUGCGGACAACAGGGAAGUUGCCAUAGAAACUGUUUCCUGCCCUGGUGAUGAAGAUGAGGAGGAAGAGGAGGAGGAGGAGGAUGAGCAGUCUGGGUAUACGCGGCGUUGAUGGGCCUGGGGUUUCCCAACAGGAAGUAACUGGGUUUCAUUUAUUUGUAUAAUUUCAUAAUGUGUUAGCAGCGGUGUAACUGCAGGUCAGGCAGCAGCAGACUCUGAGGCUGAGAGCAGCUUUCAUCCCCUCCUCUGGGUUUUCCCUUUUUUUAAUUCAUUGUUUGAAUCGGUCAGAUGGCUUCAAGCAACCACAAAAAAAUCAAUAACAACAGCAAUGUUUGUGCAUGAGGCGCGUCUCUUGAUAAAGCUUUGUGUAAACUGCAGUGCCUACUCUGCAGCUGAAAGGCAGAGGAGGCACUGCUCACCGUCA